GUGCGCCAGAAUUGGCACGAGUGCCGCAUUGAGGGUAAAUUUCCCGCUACCGGUGCCCUCACGGAUGAGCUGACAGUGAUUUUGGUGACAGUGACUGAGCCGACGGAAGUGGAGCUGUGUUUGUAUCAGUCCGGCCACCGGUCUUCGGCGCACGACAGCCACAGUCAUCACAAACUGGAUCUGUUUGUGGCUGUGUUUGGGUUCAACGGUCUGGUCGGGCGACUGGUCUGCGAGAGUAAGCGUCAGGUGAAGAGUUUUGUCUCGUGUCAUGAGAUACUGGAGCCCGGCGUGUAUGCCGUGGUUACCAUGGCUUUCAACCACUGGCACAACGGUGUUAGGGAUUGUCCGCCGUAUUUGUUGGCCAUUCAUAGCUCGAAGGUUAUGCUGACGGAGAGGGUGUCUCCGCCCCGGUAUAUAAUCGCCGACUGUCUUAUAGGGCUGGCGCUGGCCAGGGGUCGCAAGCAUGAGUGCAGUGAAGGCAUAACCGCCUACUAUCUGACCAAACACUGGUCAGGAUUGGUGGUGAUGGUGGAGAACCGACACCCGACCACAUAUGCACAGGUCAUAUGCAACUGUAUGGACAGUGUGAACGUCGUGUCCACCAGAUCUACGCUGAAAACAGCGGACAGUAUACCACCCCUUCAUAGACAAAUAGUGAUUGUGUUGACCCACUUGGAGGGCACCGGAGGUAUGAUAAUACACUAUCAGCUGACAAAUCGGGGCACUCAUCACAAGGGGCUAAACGAUUGGGGCAAUAAUGGAGGGGUCGGUGGGCUGGAGGGCAGUCGAGACAGUGAACACAUACCAGUGCUCGACAACAGUGUCCGUGAAUUGCAUUCUCCGCGUCCGCUAUAA